AGAAAGUCUGCGACAAACACUACAGCAGUAGAGUGCAGGCGACUAAACAACGCAGCACGGAUCGUUUACCUCGUUACAGAAGUUAAAGCCUCUUUAACAUUUAGUCGAUUGUAUUUAUCUAGACGAUCGCAGUUCUAAUUUAAAGAUGUCCCUGGCGGACGAGCUACUGGCGGACCUGGAGGAGGCCGGAGAUGAGGGCGAGGACGGGUUAUAUCCUGAGGAAGAGGAGGGGGAGAGUGAUGGAGAAGCGACGCAGGGAAUGACCGAAGGAGGACUGGAAGAUAUCCCAGAGGAGAUGGAGUUGGACUACAGUAAGGCUGAGAGUGUCGGGUCCAUUGCCAAACUCCGCAAUAGUAAACAGUUUUCAGAAAUAAUGGACAAAGUUUCCGUGUAUGUUGGAAAGCAGCGCAUGAACUCCGAGGUCUCAGGGCCAGUAGAGUCUGAUCCAGAAUACAGACUGAUCGUGGCAGCCAAUAACCUCACAGUAGAGAUCGACAAUGAGCUCAAUAUAAUUCACAAGUUCACGCGGGACAAGUACUCCAAAAGGUUCCCAGAGCUCGAGUCUCUGGUGCCAGAUUCUCUAGAUUACAUUCGCACAGUCAAGGAAUUGGGAAACAAUCUGGAGAAGUGCAAGACGAAUGAAACUCUGCAGCAAAUUCUCACGAACGCAACAAUUAUGGUUGUCAGUGUCACAGCCUCGACCACACAGGGGUCACAGCUAAGUGAGGAUGAAUUGAAGCAGCUGGAGGAGGCUUGUGACAUGGCUCUGGAGCUGAAUCAGUCCAAACACAGGAUUUAUGAAUAUGUCGAGUCCAGAAUGUCCUUCAUUGCCCCAAAUCUGUCCAUCAUUGUCGGAGCGUCAACGGCUGCCAAGAUCAUGGGUAUUGGUGGUGGUCUCACUAACCUUUCCAAGAUGCCCGCCUGUAACCUGAUGCUGCUGGGAGCUCAGCGAAGAACUCUCUCCGGCUUCAGCAGCACCUCGCUGUUGCCCCACACCGGCUUCAUCUACCACUGUGAUGUUGUGCAGUCACUACCACCCGACCUGAGGAGGAAGGCAGCUCGUCUGGUUGCUGCAAAGUGCACGCUGGCGGCUCGAGUCGACAGUUUCCACGAGAGCUCAGUGGGAAAGGUUGGAUACGAUCUAAAGGAAGAAAUAGAGAGGAAGUUUGAUAAAUGGCAGGAGCCUCCACCAGUGAAGCAGGUUAAGCCGCUGCCGGCGCCGCUGGACGGACAAAGGAAGAAGAGAGGAGGAAGGAGGUAUCGAAAGAUGAAGGAGCGUCUCGGGCUGACUGAGAUCAGGAAACAUGCCAACAGGAUGACCUUCGCAGAGAUUGAAGAUGAUGCCUAUCAGGAGGAUCUGGGCUUCAGUCUCGGUCAGCUCGGGAAGAGCGGAAGCGGGCGCGUGAGGCAGGCUCAGGUCAACGAGGCCACCAAGGCCAGAAUCUCAAAAUCCCUCCAGAGGACUUUGCAGAAGCAGAGCAUGACAUACGGCGGAAAGUCCACUGUCAGAGACCGCUCCUCAGGAACCAGCUCGAGCGUAGCAUUCACUCCUCUACAAGGUCUGGAGAUUGUGAACCCUCAGGCUGCAGAGAAAAAGGUGGCUGAAGCCAACCAGAAAUAUUUCUCCAACAUGGCAGAGUUCCUCAAAGUCAAGAAAGAAACUAAGAUGUGAACAAAGAGACAUUCUGCAUAUUUACAGUUGCACUCAACAUUGUAGAGGGAUUGUAUAUUUUUCAAUGUAUCUGGAAUUGUCAUUGUCCUGCAUUUUAUUUUCCUUUUUUUGAUUUUCCAUUUUAAUAAAAAGCGUUAAAAAUUAA